AUGAUUUUCCGUCGCAUUUUGUCAUUUUCUAUUGUAACGCCACUUCUUUUGCAAGUGUUUUCAAACAAUCAUAGUCAUGAACAUCAUUUUGACUAUAGUUUAAUCGACCCCAUCGCGUAUUGUAUUGAUAUUGCUCGACACGAAGCCUUGUACACACUUCAGGAACUCGUUUAUAAUGGAUUUGCGGAUAUUCCACGGUAAGAAUUUUUUAGUUUUUGUUGUAAUGUUAUGUUACACAACAUGUAGGUUAAAGUGUAGGUUUGUAAAGUAAAGUAAGGAUUUGAUGACAAAUCUAUAUUUUGAUUGUUUUUACGAUUUGGGGAGACGGUAGAACAAGAAAUUUGAUAAUAAAAUUUUGAUUUGUUUAUUUUUGCUUUCAUAAACUUAUUUGGCACUAUUUAGAGAUGUCUACCGAAUUGCUGGUUAUAUCGCAGAUUGUACCAAAUUUCCAAGUAAGUUUAAAGCAAGUCAUAUAAAUUCCUAUUGUAGGCAAAAACGGAAUUUCACAACGUUAUUUAUGUUAGGUGCCGACAUAAAGAACCCGCCACUUUUUACAGGAAAUUACAAGAAACGUGUGGCGGGUUCUUUAUGUCGGCACCUUAAUUUAUUGUUCAGCCUAGUACUCGACCAUAUAUUGGGCUAACAAUCUUAGUAUAUGAACAUGUGCUAGGCCGCAAAACUUGGUGUUUAACCCUAUGCUAGCUUAAACACUACAUAGUUUCUCAGAAUAACUUUUCAUUUUGUAGGUGCAUUCAAAAAACAAUACGAUGAAAUACUACUACAAAUGGAAGAAACGUUUGACAGAUUUUAUACAGGAGGCGCAUGCAUGCAGUACCUGAUCGAAGAUGUGAAGGAGAUUUGUUUAAUAAAGAGUAGUCUCAAAAAGUCAGACAUAAAUUCCACCAACAUUCAAAAAUUUUGUGGGUAAGUGUACUGGGCUAGAGGAAGAAUCUGGGCUAGGUCUCUGCGGUAGGGCUCUGGACUAGGGCUAUGAACUAGGCCUAAGGCUAGAAGUGGGGAUGGGGCUAGAACAAGUCAUUUCAAUCCUAACAAUAACGUACUUUUCAGCCCGUUAAUGCACCUAAUCCUGCCGUGCAUCUUCUACCACGUCAAUGAACUUUGUCCGUACAAUGGUGAGAUCAUGAAGUUGGUCACUUAUAUGCCAUUCUACUUUACCGAAGCCGUCACACCAAACACUGUAUUCGAAGAAGCACCAAACUCAACCAACCAGUGUAUGAAUAUUUUUGACAAAAGUUUGGUGCAAACCUUCAACAUGCUGUAUAUGGACGAGGAAACAAGAGAGGAGAAUAAGCAUAGUGAAUCCAAAAUUAUCUACGAUUACUUGUUGAAGGAUUUUAUUAAUUUUGCUAAAGGUGUGAGUAAUGGGCAAUAA